GUCGCUCGGCCGCAGGCCUGCUCGCUUCGCCUGCCCCCGGCUGCGGCAUGGAGCGCCUGCCGCGGACCCUGGAGCUCUUCUAUGAUGUGCUGUCCCCCUACUCCUGGCUGGGCUUCGAGAUCCUGUGCCGGUAUAAGAACAUCUGGAACGUCAACCUGCAGUUGCGCCCCACCCUGAUUGCAGGGAUCAUGCAAGACAGUGGAAACAAGCCACCAGCUCUGCUUCCCCGCAAAGCCAAAUACAUGGAAAGUGACGUUAGGCUCCUGGGACAGCAUCUCCAGGUUCCCAUCCGAUUCCCCAAGGAGUUCUUCUCUGUGAUCCUUGAAAAAGGAAGUUUGUUGGCCAUGCGAUUCCUCACCGCCGUGAACUUGGAGCACCCCGAGGUGCUGGAGAAAGCGUCCAGGGAACUAUGGAUGCGCGUCUGGUCACGGGAUGAAGACAUCACAGAGCCCCAGAGCAUCCUGGCUGCUGCAGAGAAGGCUGGCAUGUCCACGGAACAAGCCCGAGGACUUCUGGAAAAGAUCUCAACACCACGGGUGAAGAACCAGCUCCAGGAGACCACCCAGGCAGCCUGCAAAUAUGGGGCUUUUGGGCUGCCCAUCACUGUGGUCCACAUGGGUGACCAAACCCACAUGUUGUUUGGCUCUGACCGGAUGGAGUUGCUGGCAUACCUGCUGGGAGAGAAGUGGAUGGGCCCUGUGCCUCCAGCCAUGAAUGCCAGACUUUAAGGAUGCCCAGAGGAAGCAAAAUUAUUGGUAUAAAAAAGCAGACCAUCUGUACCCCUCCUCCACUGUGGGGCACUGGGACUCUUUCCUUGUCUAAUAGAGAUGCUUCUGUGGCCCUGGGGGAUGCCCAGAGGGCUGAGUGGUACAUCUACUGUUACUCUCAUGGCUGCUCUUACUUCUGUGCUUCACAAGUGCCUUUCAAGAGCCCCAAACUCUGCUUUCCCACAAAGUAAACCUAAUGCCAUUAGCUGUAAUAUUC